AAUGGGGGCAAAAUUGCUGCAGAGACGUUUUCUCUGCACAAACACAAACCAACAACAAUGGAAGGAUUGGAGUAUAAAACAAGUUACAAAAUCAAAUUUCAAAGAAUCCCUCGCAGAAUUGAAAACCCAUAUACAAAACUCAGAUUUUAUAGCUAUAUCAUCUAAGAAAACUGGUGUUGUCUCUUCGUCUCCGUGUAAAAAGGUUCUUCCUUUUCUUGAUACACCUGAAAUUUCUUAUCAGAAAUCCAAAGAUGUUGCAGAAAGGUUUCAGCUUUUGCAAUUUGUUGUUUGCCCUUUUACCCUAACUCAAUCUACUUGCAGUAGUACUACUAAAGUUGUUUCUCAUCCGUACAAUUUUCAUUUGUUCCCAAGGGAUGAGUUGAAUUUAGGAAUGCCACAAUAUACCUUUUCCUGUCAAACAUCCCAAUUGACGGCAUUGGCGAGCGAAGGCUUUGAUUUUAAUGUCUGCGUGUAUGAUGGAAUCUCUUACCUGUCUAGAGUUCAAGAAUCUCUCACCAAAGGUCGGCAGGCAAAUCCUUCCACUGGAUAUUCAGUUAAUUCCUCUUCAACCCCAUCAGUUGCUGAUGAGAUUUUCACAAAAAGAAUUAAAACACGAGUUAUGCACUGGAGGGAUGCCUGUGUUACCAAGAGUAAGAGCAAUGGGUCUGAAGAUAAGGAAAAUCCUGCAGAAGCGCUUAUUAGUUCCUUGAGGAAACUUAUCUCAGGAGCUGAACUUUAUGGCUCAAGGCCAUGCAUGAGCGUAGAUGUUUGCAAUGAACGUCAAGUGCAGCUUGUGGUAAAGAUGUCGAGAGAGCUUUUUCAUGAUCUUGUACCUUUAGUUGUCCCAGACAAAGGAAGGGGGGUACCCGAGGCAGUACGAGUUGUACUGACGAGUUCAAAGGAGGACAAGAAUCUUCUUGAGCGGGAGAUUCAAGAUCUUGAAGAUGAACAGAACAGGAAAACUCGCGGCUUUCGAGAGGUGAUUGAUGCAAUAUCUGCUUCUCAAAAACCAAUCGUUGCCUCCAACUGCUUGAAUGAAUUGACGUUUCUUCAUUCUAAGUUCCUUGGUCCACUGCCUCAAAGUUUCAAUGAGUUCACGUGUUCAUUAUGCAUGGCUUUUCCCCACAUUCUCGAUGUGAACACUUUGCUGAAGGAAAUCAGCUCUCUUAGAAAUGCAAACAACCUACUUGCUCUGGUUGAUAUGGAAAUUCCUCACAAAGUUCAGGACAGUGAUGGCAAGAACCAGGGACACGACGCACUUCAUACGACACAUUUUUUUUGCGCAACUUAGUUCUAUAUUAAAAGCCAGUGAUGAUACUCAUCAAACUGUCAAUGCUGAUCUAGUUUCUUCGGCCGAGAUGUGACCUAUAUGAGCUCUGUGAUCACUUUCUCCUCGAAGAUUGCAGUAACUUGGAAUUCUAAUUUUUGAGUAUAGGAAUUCUUUUUGCAUUCAUUCAUUGAAAUUUUUAAAAGGAUGUAUAUUAUUAGACGGAAAUUAGAAACAAGGUUAAUGAAGGUAAUAUAAUCAUGAUAAAUGAAAUUGGUUGUUCAACUUUUUCUUU